AUGGCACGAGUUGGGGACACGGUGCUCGACCUUUUGAGCGAGGAUGAUCCCGUCGAAAUCAACCCUAAUCCCACAAGUCGGACAUUUAAUGUUCUCGAAACCUUACUCAAUUCUCCGCGCCAGAGUCCAGCGAACUCUGUUCGAUUACGGCCAAAUCGGAGAGGUGAUCGACGUCCUCCACCCCUAGCACCUGUAUCGCAGCAACAGUCACAGCCUCAACAACCGCAAAGAACGGCUGUCAUUGAUUUGACAGAGGAGCUGGAUUCACCAAUCGAACUGAGAUACUCGCCACGCCCCAGUCAAAUAGGUCGAAACCCGCGGCGGACCAAUUCACAGAGAAUUACACCACCUUCUUUAUCGAGAAGCGACAGUACUUUCAUGGGACCUGGUGCUAGUGUUAUUGACCUGACCGUGGACUCACCAGAAGAUGAACGUGCUCCCGAACCGAGGGUGACUAGAAGUCACCGACACCACCACCACCACCAUCACCAUCAUCACCACCACCGACCUCGACGCUUUGGGCAAGAUCAACUAAUCGAGCUGGAAUUUAUGAAUGCCAGUAGUGCGAGCAUCUACUCCAAUAUUUCGAGCAACGUUCGCCGAAUAGCAGGCCUGUUUGGUAGCAAUUUUAUGACUCGCGGCUUUACCGGUGCACCGGUCGAGUUUCCGCUCGCUUCUCCCCGCGAGCAGAGCCCCAAACCGACAAUGGAACCCCCGCCACCAACCCGAGAUGGAUUUACUCGAGACACAGCAUUGGAAGGAGAUAGGGUAGUAAUAUGCCCAGCCUGUAAGGAAGAACUUGCAUACGAUCCAACCGGAACAGCACCACAGCCAAGCCCUACUGCUACGGGCACCAAAAAACGGAAACGUCAACCCGCAGAGCACCAUUUCUGGGCCCUCAAGAAAUGCGGACAUGUAGAAAACCCACAAAGGCCAACCCGCAUGGCGCUGGGUUCCGGAUCUCGCAAGGCAAAGCGCCUGGCAGCACGCCAAACGGAAACGACAUUCGAUGUGCCGUCGAGAGCUGCGAGACAAAAGUUAGUCCGAAGACUGAGUGGGUGGGCAUUUAUUUGUAAACCAAACCUGUACAAUCAACAGCAUUCCAGGGUUUCCUGUGUACAUUGCAUCUUGCCAUUUCUCGGUAUGCGGCUGCAAGGCAGGUUUUGUGCACCUGAUGACAAAUUCGACGUAUCAUGCGUGGCAUGGCAUGGCAGGGCAGGCAUGGAGAGGCGGACGUUUAGACUCUGGCGUUUUAGGGUUGUGAAUUUCUGGUAA